GCGAAAAACAAAUUGAACAGAACUGCGAAAAUUUAACAUUUUUAACAAUUACCGCUUGCCGGAAAAUAAAAAAGAAAAAGCAACAAACAGUUUAAAACAACACAACUUUGCGGCAUUUUCACCAGGAUUUUCUGCGUGAAACACAAAAGGAGUCUAAAAUUUAUUUAAUCCAUUACAAACUGGAAAUUUUGCAAAUCUGGAUGAAACUAGCGAAGUUAUGAUUGCCGCCUCUGAACCUUUGGCGUUCAUUCCUCGAGGUCGUCAAGCGGUUGAGGAGCACCCAGGUCCCACCGACGUAAAACAACAGAAUCACUUACCCACAGAACAUGUGCUGCUGCAGCGCAUGCAAAAUGUGAAUAUUUCAGCGUCGGAUGAGCCCAAUGAAUUCUGGUGUGUUCGUGAAAUUUUCGAGGAUUUGGAUGAAGAUCUUAACAGAGUGCGAGCUAAUCAAUGCAACGAAGAAAAGGAUACAAAUAAAAAGAAACCUGAAGAUGGAAAGGCAAGCAGGAAGGAUGGCAGUCGUAUUUCCGAACAUUUAUUGUGGCAACAACGUGCGGCAUAUACAGAUGUUGAUUAUAUGUGCGAGUAUUUGGUCAAUUCAGAAGAGGAAUUAUAUGUAAAGAAGCAUACAGCAGUGUGGUCAAAAGGUCUGCUAGAUGAAAACAGUAUAAUGCCACGUCUGUGCUUCACCUGCGAGACACCAAUUAAAUUUGCUUUCUUCUGUAAUAAGUCCUUUGUAACUAGCAAACGAAAUAGUCGGGCUAAAAAUAUAAGCGAUAAAAGAAAAUCAUAUUCAGAAGAGGAGGAAGACUUUAGUGCAAUUUGUCUGAUUGAUCAAGUUGCGCUGCGUAUCUACUGCAGCAACGGUGAGGACUUUCUUUGUAAUCUCGAGUUUCCUGUAUCGCAUGUAUGGCCUACAUCGUACGGCAUUCUAUUGGAGAAGGUGCCAUCAAAUGCCGUUAUUCAGAAUCAUGCCAUUUCAAUGCCGCGGCUUUUUUCGCUCGCACACCCAUUAGAUGAAAUUUGUCCGGUGCUCUGCAAAACGGAAACAAAUUCCAUUAGUUAUCUUGUAGAGUCCGAUUAUAAUAUAAUAUUCACUUCCGAAAAUUCAGAGCUGGUUCUUCUGUAUGAUAACAAAACAGGAAAACAAUUCAUUUCGCGGCUGCGUAAGGCAACUGAAGAAGAAAUACAAUAUGUAGGCGCACAAAAUGAGUCUGCGUAUACUGGCACCGCAGGCGGGCUGCCACAUCACUCCAUAAAUCGAGGAUCUGGUGGUGGUAUUGGAGCAAUAGGCACGCCAAAACACAGCACAGCACAUUUGGGACGCUCCGGCUUAGCCAAUCCAAAUUAUUCAGCACAUAUUGGGAGAUUUUUGUCGAGUGCACACUCUUUGAGCGGAGCAUUCGGGAAUUCAAAUCGCACUGCUUCACCGUUGAAUCAUCUGCAGUCCACCAUCGGUCAGCACUCAAUAUCAACGCAAGACAUACGAAAAUUGGGGCAGGCUCAGCCUUCCAAGCCCAUAGUGCCAGAGCUGUGUUUAGAGCACAUUUGGACUGAAAAUGCGUGUGGCAACAACCGAGAAUUCGGCGAAAUCUCCACCCGUGCUUUCAUGCAUACCGAUUUAGUAGGUCAAACUUACCUCUGCUACUUGUUGCCCUUUUCGUGCAAGCUGCAUCUGAUCCGCUUGCUCAACUAUGGCACAGCGGAUUUACAAAUAUCAAGCAAACAUUUAUCUAUACCAGCCAAGGAUGCGGUUGCUUUGGAGCGCCUGCGCAUGAUCGCCGUAUUGGACCCAUCUGGAAGUUUGAUAUUAUAUACCGGCGCAGUUUUGGUCUCUAAAGUGCACGUAGCUGCGGCAAUGGGCAGUACCAGCGUAAGUGCAGGUGCAGGCAAUGUGACACCAACACCCGCAACAACGAAAACGCUCGCAGCAAAUUCGCCCAACUCUCCCUUUCCACGGCGAAGCAGCCUUUUACCCACAAUACAGAAGCCCACCGAUACCACCUUCGAUGAAGAAUUGCAUCUUUUGUCGCCUGUGCAUCCACUACAACCGCAAUUUCCAAAUCGCAACACUAGCAACAUUUGCUUAAGCUUGCGUGAUCCUGCUGGUAAUCGGCUCACAUUGGUUUAUCCUUUCGGCAAAAUGUAUCGCAUUGAAUUGCCACAAUUCAAUGAAACAAAAUUCAUUUCACGCUGCAUUGGUACACUACGACGCAUCUUAAACAAAGAACAAUUCGUGCAGCUAAUCACUCGUUGGUAUGGAGCGCGUAAUCCGCCUGGAUCACGUGAUUAUAGUAUUGAACAGGAGUGGCAUAUUUUUCGAAACGUGCUGACUGGUUUAAUGGGCUGCGGCGCAGCUACGCAUGAAACCACUACCAAUGCAUCGAUGUCUAGCAAUGCAGAGGAGCCGAAGAAGCGACGUAAGAACGAUGAAAUCACUGAAGGUACCGAUGAGGAUUGGGAAUUCAUGUUAGCCGUACUCAAUGAAGAUGGUAGUGGUGGUUGCAUGCGUGAUAACAUGAAAAUGGAAACAGAGCAUGGGACCGCAGCGGCGGGUAACGUCGACGCGAAUGCUUGUUUAUUUAAUAGCAUACCGGCUAUCUUUUAUGGCCUGCAUUUGUUAUAUGAAGAUUUUAAGUUAGACGAAACGAUGCACGAUUGUCUGCCGUAUUUGGCGAAGUUCCUGCAACAAUUCGCUGUGGAUAUGCAACUAACAACGUACAUAUUUCAUUAUACGCUGGAUUUUCCGUAUUUAGUACACUGUACAACCAAAUUGUGUCAACUUACAGAGGAGCAUGCAGCGCGAAUGGCCCAUAAAGAGUUGCUACAAGUACCUGCGCCAAGCGUUUACAGGCAGUUGGAACAUAUUUUGAAAGGCAAAGAUGCGUUACAGUAUACUUUUGUAGAGGGGCUUAACGACAUGAGUCGAAAUGUGCUGCAGGUCGUCUCACUUAUCAUGCAUGGUACGGAGAAAAUCAAAGAUUGGAUCAAACCUCUGGAAUUCGCCAACUCAGUUCAAUCGUAUUAUCCUAAACGGCCCAAACGCUUUAUAUCAACGAUUGUACCGCGUGCGGAGCAAGUAAUACAAAUGCUAAUCAAUAUGGAAAUUACUCGCGCCGAUAUUGCACGCCUACCCGUUGCGCUGCACCUCAUCAUCGCUGAGUGCCUGGAGCAUGCACGCCUGACGCCUCCCAUCGGUUGUUCAGCCGCCACAUAUGAGUUGAUAUUGCGCACUGAGUUGGUGGCGCAUGCGCUUUUGCAGGACGACUCACCAACGAGUGCAAUGAGUAGACAGAAACAAAAGGCGCACGUAAAUGCAGAAGAUUCAUUGUCGGCUCGUUGCCCACCCGCCACCAAUGGCAUCUCUCACAUGGAAGCAGCACUUGACGAUGGCAUGGACAAUAUCGAUACGAAGUUAUUGAAUCUACGCUUUCCGGAUGAUAUGCGUAUCGCCGAAGUACGUCGCCUACUCACCUCGUCAGAGCCCGUGCUGAUUGAUAUCGUGCAGAAACCUGGCAUGACGGAUCAUCGUUUCAUUGAGGAACAAGAACGACAAUUGUUUGCAUUGUGCAAACGCACUAUGGCGCUACCGCUGGGGCGCGGCAUGUUUACAUUGCGCACCUCUAUACCAACACCUACUGAAUUGAUGCCUAUACCUAAAUUGUGUCUGUCGGGCAAGGAGCCAGUCAAGGGUGCCACCAUUGAAAUGCAACAAAUCGAGUUGCCGCCGAAUAUGAGUCUUUGGCCUUCAUUCCACAAUGGUGUCGCUGCAGGUUUGAAAAUUUCACCACAUGCACGCGAUGUAGAUUCCACCUGGAUUGUUUAUAAUAAACCAAAGGGCCAAGAAGAAAUUUCUACGGAGCAUGCUGGCUUUCUUAUGGCUCUCGGACUCAAUGGCCACCUCAAAACACUGUCUUUUAUGAGUGUUUAUGAAUAUUUGGUGAAGUGUGAUGAGAUGACUAGCGUCGGUUUACUAUUGGGCAUUUCCGCAACCCAUCGUGGUACUAUGGAUAAUACAACAACCAAGUUGCUGAGCGUGCACAUAGAAGCGCUGUUGCCAACCACCGCGUUGGAAUUGGAUAUACCACAGAAUAUACAGGUAGCUUCGUUAAUGGGCAUCGGUUUGUUGUAUCAGGGCUCCGCUAAACGACAUAUUGCCGAGGUGUUGCUUCAGGAAGUAGGUCGUCCUCCAGGUCCGGAAAUGGAGAAUAGCAUCGAACGCGAGUCGUAUGCUCUGACCGCCGGCCUUGCCUUAGGCUUGGUCACUUUGGGAUUGGGUGAAUCGCCAGCCGGUUUGCUAGAUCUUCAAAUCCCCGACACUCUUCACUAUUACAUGGUGGGCGGCAAUAAGCGUCAACUCACCGGAUCACAAAAGGAAAAAUAUAAAUUACCUUCGUUUCAAGUGCGCGAAGGUGACAACGUCAACAUCGAUGUAACUGCACCCGGAGCGACCCUAGCACUUGGCCUUAUGUUCUUCAAUACGAAUAAUCGUGCCGUCGCCGAAUGGAUGAAUCCACCGAACACGCAUUAUCUGCUCGAUUUGGUGCGUCCCGACUUGCUUAUGUUGCGCACCAUUGCACGCGGCUUGAUUCUCUGGUCCGACAUAAAGCCAGACGCUGAGUGGCUAUUCGGCCAGUUCCCGUCAAAUUUCAAAAUUGAUCUGGAGCGCCCCUACUAUUGGGGCGACAAGUAUGAGACUAGUGUGGAUUACGAGUCCGAAGCUCAAGCCUGGUGCAAUGUCAUUGCUGGUGCCUCCUUUUGUAUGGGACUUAAAUAUGCAGGCAGCGAAAAUCAAGAAGCUUUCAAAACCUUGCACAAGGCGCUUAAAAAGUUCAUCGGCUUCCAGAGCAAACAUGUUUUCGAGUUCGCCGGCUACACGACGGUGGAAUGCUGUCUUAUGGUUAUUUUGAUUGCUAUAUCGCUGGUAUUCGCCGGCUCAGGUGAUCUGGAAAUAUUGCGCAUCAUUCGCUAUUUGCGUUCACGCAUCAGUUUUCGUGAUCGUUGCCGCGUCAAUUACAAUCCCAAUGUUACAUUCGGCUCGCAAAUGGCCAUACACAUGUCGCUGGGUUUACUAUUUUUGGGUGCUGGUCGCUAUACCAUUGCAAAUACACCAGAGGCGGUCGCCGCGCUGAUUUGUGCCUUCUUUCCCAAGUUUCCGAACCACAGUAAUGAUAACAGAUAUCAUUUACAAGCCUUCCGCCACUUGUAUGUGCUGGCUGUGGAGCCACGCCUCUUUUUGCCACGUGACAUCGAUACGAAGAAGUUAUGCCUUUGCCAAAUAUCAGUGCUGGAAAUAGGCAGCAAAGAACUGCGCCGACUGCCCAUGGCGCCGUGCAUGCUGCCACCACUAAACACUUUGCAGAAAGUGAUUGUAGACGAUGCCAAUUAUUGGCCGGUUUGUUUUGAGAAAGAGCGCAAUUGGUCCCAGUUGAUCAAGGCACUGCAGAGUUCCGCUUGUAUUGAUAUAAAAAAACGUUCCGGCUGUCUGUCGCACUUGGAAGAUCCCGAUCGACUAAAGAGUCUUUUUGCACAAACACUCACAACCGAACAGUAUACAUGUUGGCAUGUAAAUGCCACUGCAUUGGAGCGUUUCUCAAACGAUCCAUUCGUUACGAGCUUCACCGAUCGGUUUUUACACAUCGAUUCCGAGGUUAUUACACCAGAUGAAUUACUCAAGAUACAACAGCUAACAAUGCUCUUCUAUAAUGCUGUGAUCAAGGACAAAAUGCAUGUGCUGCCCAUUUAUCUAACGACUUUCAAUCUCAUUCAACGUUUGCAACGCAAUCCGCAGUGCAAUGACGUCUGGCAAAUUAAACUGAUUGAUUUGUAUAUGGAAAAAUAUGAGCAGCCGCAUAUUUUAUUGACCAGCGAAUUGAUGCGCGCACAAUUGGAGAAAUUCAAAAUGUUCAUCGAGAAUACACGCCGCACGAUGUCGACCACCUUGCGGCAUUUCAUUAGCGCCAGCAGCUUUGAGCCGAGCAUUAUUACUGACUUUUCGGCGGAGGAGGUGGCACGCCUACUCGCCGUGGUGAAUUAUUAUAAUUUAACGCCAAACUUAUUGAAUUUGGUCGAUCUUAGCGGUACAGUUAACUACAUAAGGUAUUUAUACGAGUUUAAGAAGCUCAACCUAGACAUGCAGACUAUGAACUGUAUGAUUAAAAUUUUACUGCAAACAAGGGACGAGGAGGCGGCAUAAAAAAUAGUAAUUUGCUGCUAGAGGAACACGAAAAUGUUGACUUUACAAAUAAAUUUAGCUUGUUAAGAGUUAGAAGUUGGUACUUUUUUGUAUUGAAAUAAAACAAAUUUAUUGCACAA